GAGAGGCAAACGUAUCCUCUUCAGAAGUCGUCGCGAAAUAAGCGAAGCUCAUAACAAUGCGGCCACGCAGUCCUGCUACGGCGCCUCUGGUGCUGCUGUUUCUGCUGCUUCGGUGUUGUGUGUCGAAUUCAUCCGCGGCAGGCCAACACAAUCGGCCCAGCAACCGGGGACACCGCAACGUGACCUGCUUCCAGUGCAGCUGGCUGGCCGAGCAUCCGGUGGACACAAAUCGUAGCAAGGAGGUCAUCAAGCGCUGGAAGACGGCGUACGCAGACUCCGAGAAAGUCAUCGACAACCCGUUCAAGCCGCCUCUGCUGGGCAUCGAGACAUUCGCCGAGAUGCCCACCAGGGAGAAACUGGCGGCGCACUGCAACAACUGCAGCAAGCUGGACGGCAUGUGCGCACGCUGGACCUUCUACGGGAACACGGGCAAGCCAGCGAACGUAACGUGGAUGUGCGUCAACGGCAAGCAGACGGGCUGCUUCACGGAGCAUGUGUCCAGCCACUUCGUGAAGGAGGUGUGCUUAUGCGCCGAUAGGCACCACUGCAACGCUGCCACUGCGGGAAACGCCGUGUCUCUACUUGCCGUGCUUCUGUGGACGACACUGACCGUGGCGUCUUGUACGGGACUCUCUUGAGAUCGCGCACGAAGGGGGAUCCAUACGCGCAUUUCGUUUAAUUCAGCAUGGAAUCAGGAGAAACAACUGAACAGAAAUACCUUAUGCGAAUACUGUUUAUCCAAUACCCAGAAUUUCGAGGCAUACAGUUACAGAUUCUUCUUGGAUCUCAUUUUUGGAGUCUCCGGCAAAUUUUCAUGCAAGUCGCGUGGCGAAAUCCAUGACAACAGAAUAUCGUCGAAUGGAUGGCGAUGUGCAAAUACUCAAAUUACAAAUUCUCCUCAAAAUAAUUUUCGGAAGGUGAAUUCUCAAAAUGAUGAGUUUCUUUAGUUUCUUGACGUGCGGUCGAAGCUUAAUGCGUGCAGGGACCAGUGUUCAGAAUAAGCCACGCAACGAGUCCGUAGGCUGCAGGAGAAGCGGCCUAUUGUUUGUUUGAGGACAGGGAGACGACGGAAUAAGUUAGAAGGCGCUCUGCAAAUAUUUGGAUAUUUGAAUUUUGUAUACACAGACUUAUGCUUCGCUUAGUCAGCCCCUUCUCUAUAUUUCCAGCUCAUAUAUGGAGCGGACAUAGCCGCUUCUUCCUCUAACACAUGCAAAUAAUUCGCGGAAUCUUCAUCUUUGAUGAUGUACCACUCGCUCGUACCGUAGCUUAUCAAUCACAGACGGAUGUCUAAAAACAGUUUUGCAAUCUUUAAAGACUGACACUUGCUACAUGAAUGCAUCCGUACUCUUCUAUUUCAGGAUCUCUUUGAUUACGUUAUUGAUCUGUCAUUUUUUUGUCAAAAAAUACAUAACGAUGCCU